CCGUGUAGCUGCUGGCUGACCGCAGUUCAGCGUGAACAUUAUCGAAUAGGUAGUUCAACUCCAGCCAACACACGAGCAACGACCGACGAGCUUAUAAGUCUUUAAACGUUUGCGUAUUGUGAAAAAAGAAAAACAUAUCAAGACAACAAUGCCGGACACCGUGGUCACCGUUCAAAAUCCCGAGUCCAAACCUGGAAAACCCGGAGUGGAAAAUGGAAACGUGAAUAACAUUUUCUCUUGGGUGGAAAUCAACUACAAUUAUUUCAAAACCUUACCUGGAAUAUUGAAAUUGGCGCAGUUGAUACUUGGCAUAAUAUGUUUGGCACUUGCCUCGCCGGCCAGGUUACCGGGUACCAAUUGGUUCCUGUUCGUGGUCAUCAUCAGUUUCAUAGCGACGGCCAUCUGGUCGUUUGUCUACCUACUUUCCAUCCGGGAGGCUAUCAAUUUCCCAAUCAAUUGGGUGCUCACGGAAUUCUUCAACACGCUUCUAUUGACCGUUCUGUACACGGUCGCGUUCAUCGUACAAAUUUCGGCCUGGUCCAGGCCGUACCAGUCUUAUUACAGGAACCCAAACAUAGCUGCAGGGGUGUUUGGAAUUAUCAACGCGGCUGUGUACGGAACCGGAGUGUAUCUGAUAUUUAGCGAUUGGAAAAAGUCUAGGACUGCAUCAACUGUUCAACAGCAGUAAUAUUCGCGAGGACAGAAGAACAAGCCUGCUACCUAUAUAUAUUAAUAAAUUUGUCCCCAGACAUACGAUAUUAUAUAAUUUGAUAUUACUUAUUUUAUAAUACAUUAUAUUAUAUUAUUAUAAUAUAGAACCCAUCUGUUUUAUAUUUGUAGGUAGAUAAUAAUGGUAAGAUAUAUAAUUUUAGACCGAAUCGUAAAUAUAAAUAUCAUAUUAUAUAACUAUAAUAUAAGGUACAUAUUAUGAAACUCACUGCUAAUAGCCAAAUCGAUAUUUAAGAUUCUUUUCACGAAGUACCUAUCAACAUAUUUUAAUGUGGGUUCCUAUAAUAGGAGUAUAAAAAACUAACCGUAUAUCUGGGUGCAACAGGUAUCAUCAAAAUUCACACAUAGUUUUUACACAUUAAUGCAAUUAUGGUAAGCGUGAAAAUGUAAUAUUAAACAUUAACUCGACGUUUUUUCGAACGAUCUUUUUGCACCUCUUCGACUAUUUUCAUGAGGUCUUCACGGCGCGUAUGUGUACCUGCAAUUUACACUUAAAUUAUUAUAUAUAUAUAUAGUAUUAUACUGGCUUAUAUACUUUCACAACAUAUAUUAAAGAACUAAACUAUUUAUAGACAUAUAUAAUAUAUUAUGUGCAUUUUAAAUAUUUCCUAACUGUAGACCGGGCGGUGGUAGGUAACUAUAACUGUAAGUGUUUCAGAUGCACUGUAAACAUUUACAUUUCACUUUAAGCCAGUUAGGUUAGGUUAGGUAAUGAUGUGUUUAAUUACUAAACGCCAAGUACGAUUGAAAUGAAAAUAAUAUCAAAAGUUGAGUACAUUUCAAAAGGUUGAAAAUAGUAAAAAAAAAACGUAUUGGAAUUAAUAAAUUUUAAGUAGGGAUUGAAAAAGUUUGAGCAUCGUAUAUAAUAUUAUUAAGUUUUUUUAAAUAGUAAGGCACAAUUUAUAAUAUCAAAUAUGUAAUGAAUAUUGUUACUUUGUUUCAUUUUGUUUAUGAUGUGGAUAUAUUAUGUUGUAAAUUAAUAAUUUACAUUUGGUUUCCCCUAUUAGUUUUGUAUAGUUAAUUGGAACAAAUGCAUUUUAAUAAACAGUAAACAGAUUAUAUACGUUUGAUUAAACAUCGAACGAUAAUUAAAUUAUUUGUAAAUAUAUAUUUAUUUAAUAAUUUUGUCAAUCAUAAUGAUAUAAUUAUAUGCUUAUGUGCUUAUUUUACUAGAUACAAAUAUCUUAUAUAAGGCUAAUACUAUGAUUUUUUUUUUUUUAAUACCUACCUAUAUAUUUUGUUAUUUAAGUUUAUACAUCAUAUUAUACCUAAAGUCAAUUGAAAUAUUUUUAAUUUUAAUUUUUUGUAUUUAAUUUUAUUACAAUUAUAAACAUACAUAUAUUAUA